UGUGGCCCUCUGAGCGACGCAGUUCGGCGCCCUCCGCGCAGGCGCACUCCCAGACCAACGCGGUCGCAGCCACACGCUCCAGUCCCAGGAGUGAGGCGUCAGAGGGGCUCGAACUUCUCAGCCUCAGCCCCAGGCGGGGUGGGACGAGCUGACGACCGGAGGUGGGCGCACCGCUCUCUGGGAGUUGUAGUUCGGCGCCCGCCCAGCUAGGCGCAAUUUCGGCCAGCAGCGGGCGUGGCCUUCCUCCUGGCAUUCCUCCAAGGAGUGCGGAACGAGAGGGUCCCAGGGUGGAAAACAAGGCGGCGCCAGGAUUCAGAGCCCCUCAACCUCAGCCACCCAGGAGGGGGCGUGGCAAGCGGGAAGACAAUCGGUGGCGCGCGCCACCCUCUGGGAGGUGUAGUUCAGCGUCGGUACGCAGGCGCAGUGCGCUCCGUGGCGGCCUCAGUCUUUGUCCUACAGUCCAGCGAACUGCCUACAGAGGAGCUGACUAUUCCUGCAAGAGGCCCGAGGAGGAGGGAAUGACUGCUGGGCUCCUCACCGCCGGGGACCCGGAGCAAGUGACUUUUGAGGACGUGGUCGUGGACUUCACCCAGGAGGAGUGGGGGCAUCUGGAGCCGGCCCAGAGGACCCUGUACCGAGAUGUGAUGCUGGAGACCUUUGGGCUCCUGGUCUCUGUGGGACACUGGCUCCCAAAGCCGGAUGUCAUCUCCCUGCUGGAGCAGGAGGCAGAGCUGUGGGCAGCGGACGAGGGAGGCCCCCAAGGUGUGUGCCCAGAUUUGGAAACCAGACCCCAAAGCAAGCUAUCAACUGAAAAGCAAGGUGUAACUGAAGAAAUACCCAACAGUGCCCUGGUAGAAGGGUUCCUACAGGAAAGUCUGUGGCACUCUAACGAUGAAGAUGCUGCAGGCAACAGGGAACAGGGCCCUGAGAAGUCAGAUAGCUGUGUGGUGCAGGCGGCCUGCACACCUGUGAAGACACCGACACAGGAGCAGCAGCAGGGUAAUGGGUGUGGGGAAAACUUGAGUCUGAGGCCAGAUCUCCCAACUCAACCAAUGACUCCUGAAAGGCAAGGUGCCCCAAUGCGGGGAACACAUGGACAGAGGGAGAAUUCAAACUCAAAUGCUCAACAGAAAACCUGUGCAAAAGAGAAGCCCUAUGGAUGUCAGGAAUGUGGAAAGGCCUUUAGUCACAGCUCAGCACUCAUUGAACACCACCGAACACACACAGGAGAGAGGCCUUAUGAAUGUCCUGAAUGUGGAAAAGGCUUUCGAAACAGCUCAGCACUUACCAAACACCAGCGAAUCCACACUGGUGAGAAGCCUUACAAGUGUACUCAGUGUGGGAGGACCUUCAACCAAAUUGCCCCAUUGAUCCAGCACCAGAGAACUCACACGGGUGAGAAACCCUAUGAGUGCAGCGAGUGUGGGAAAUCCUUCAGCUUUAGAUCCUCCUUCAGCCAACAUGAGCGGACGCACACAGGUGAGAAGCCCUACACGUGCAGUCAGUGUGGGAAGGCCUUCCGACAGAGCAUCCAUCUCACCCAGCACCUGCGAAUCCACACUGGGGAGAAGCCAUACCAGUGUGGAGAGUGCGGCAAGGCCUUCAGCCACAGUUCAUCCCUGACUAAACACCAGCGGAUCCACACUGGGGAGAAGCCCUAUGAGUGCCAGGCAUGUGGAAAAGCCUUCACCCAGAUCACACCACUGAUUCAGCAUCAGAGGAUACACACAGGCGAGCGGCCUUAUGAGUGCAGUGAGUGCGGGAAGGCUUUCAGCCAGAGCACACUCCUGACUGAGCAUCGGAGGAUCCACACAGGAGAGAAGCCCUAUGGGUGCAACGAGUGUGGGAAAACCUUCAGUCACAGCUCAUCGCUUAGCCAGCACGAGCGGACACACACAGGCGAGAAACCCUAUGCAUGCAGGCAGUGUGGGAAGGCCUUCCGGCAGAGCACACACCUCACUCAGCAUCAGAGAAUCCACACGGGGGAGAAGCCCUACAAGUGUAGUGACUGUGGCAAGGCCUUCAGCCACAGCUCAUCCCUGACCAAACACCAGCGGAUCCACACUGGGGAGAAGCCCUAUGAGUGUAAUGAGUGUGGUAGAGCCUUCAGCCAGCUUGCUCCACUCAUUCAACACCAGCGGAUCCACACAGGAGAGAAGCCCUAUGAGUGUAAUCAGUGUGGCAGAGCCUUCAGCCAGAGCUCCCUCCUCAUAGAACACCAGAGGAUUCACACCAAGGAAAAACCCUAUGGGUGCAAUGAAUGUGGAAAAUCCUUCAGCCACAGCUCAUCGCUCAGUCAGCACGAGAGGACACACACUGGGGAAAAGCCCUACGAGUGCCAGGACUGUGGAAAGUCCUUUAGGCAGAGCACCCACCUCACUCAGCACCGGAGGAUCCACACAGGAGAGAAGCCAUAUGAGUGCAGGGACUGUGGGAAGGCCUUCACACACAGCUCCUCCCUUACCAAGCACCAGAGAACUCAUACUGGGUAGACCCACUCCAUGUGUGCUGGGACCCAGCAAAGCCUUAAGCCAUAGCACAUCGCUUACUACAUUUGACCCAGUCAUACUCCUGAUAAACAAUACACUGUAAACAAGCCUUUGUGCUCAACACACCCCUAAGACUCCCACACAGAGUUGACAUUUAUGGAAAUGACUGUGGGAAUAGCAAGCUCUGGGUCAUCUAUCCCAGACAGCCAGUCAUCCAGACAGUAGGGAAGUGUGAAGUUAAUCACUGUUGAGGACCUUUAGCCAUGAGUGCCCACCAAUGCUUCACUAUAGAACCUACAAAAGGGAGAAAUGGAAAAAAUGUAGUGGACAUGGGGUGGCUUCUAAGAAGUCACCAUAUUCUAAACCAGAUAUUUUCAAAGUGGUGAGAAACUCAACAAAUGCCUUUCAUAUAAAAGAAUCAGAUGCAGUCAGAAUUUGUCAUUAUUGCACAUGACAUUCUUGUGGCUAGGUGCUUAUGAAAAGUGCAAGUUGACUUUCAUAUUUGCUAAAACCAAUAUGGCAGAAUGUUCCAGACAUGAGAGUGGCAUUUUUAUGGAAUCAUGAAUUAUCAAAUAUCUCAGCACAAAAUUUUCUGAUUUGUGUGUAAUUGAACAAGGUACAUGGCCACCAGUCUCACAAAUGUGAAUGCCAUAUGAUAAUUAUCCAUGUACUAUAAACAGAUUUUAAAAUA